GUCAAUUUCCUUGGCAAAUAGCAGUUUAUGAUGGCACAAAGUUGAACUGUGGUGGAGUCUUCAUUGGUGGUUGCUGGAUUUUGACAGCUGCACAUUGUUUAAGGCUUUACCACAUGUCUGACUAUGUGGUGAGGAUUGCAAAGUACAAUAAAAGAGAUGUUGCAGAUAAUGAAGAAAUUUUACCAGUUGAGAAAAUCAUUAUCCAUCAUGACUACGUACCUAAAACGUACCAAAAUGAUAUUGCCUUGAUAAAAGUGGUGCACGUGUUUUCAGAAAAGGAAUGCAUUCCACUGAGUCACGACGUCCUACCUGUCUGUGUCCCAUGGUCUGAGUAUCUAUUCAGACCCAAGAAGACUUGUGUAAUAUCUGGUUGGGGUUACGCACUAGGGGACACAGUAAGCAUCCUACGUUGGGCUGAGCUCGAUAUAUUUGGAAACUGUUCAGAGAUUUACAAAUCUGAAUUUUAUGCAGGAAUGGAAUGUGCAGGAAAAAUGGAUGGAACAGUCGAUGCAUGCAAAGGUGAUUCCGGGGGUCCAUUAGUCUGUACUGAUGAAAGAAAUGAAGCCUACGUGUGGGGUUUAGUUAGUUGGGGUGAAGAAUGUGGAAAAUAUGGACGUCCUGGUGUGUAUACAAAAGUGUCUCAUUACUUUGAGUGGAUUAGCAAUCAUGUUGGUCGAGCUCUUAUUAGUAAAUACAAUGUCUGAAUGAUCAACAUCUUCUUCAUUCGCACCAAGAAAUAAAUCUACUGCAGAAAAUGCAUAUAAUGUAACUCACAUUUUCAUUAGAAAGGUUUACAAAUUAUAACACAAUAACUUUCAAUGUUCAAAUACAACUACCACCAAUAAUCCUGUGUUAUCAGAAACCAAGUAAACAGAAAUGAUUUGGAAUCAGAGGUGGAUUUGACCUGUUGCUUUGUAAACUUCUUUCCUAUUAAUAAAGACAUGUUAAAUGACA